GAGCGACCCCCGACCAUGGCCGAGGAAGGCAUUGCUGCUGGAGGUGUAAUGGAUGUUACAUUACAAGAAGUGCUGAAGACCGCACUCAUCCACGAUGGCUUAGCUCGUGGUAUUCGUGAAGCUGCCAAAGCCUUGGACAAACGCCAAGCCCACCUUUGUGUUCUUGCUUUAAACUGCGACGAACCCAUGUACGUAAAGUUGGUUGAAGCCCUUUGUGCAGAACACCAGAUCGACUUGAUAAAAGUUGAUGACAACAAGAAACUGGGUGAGUGGGUAGGUCUCUGCAAAAUCGACAGAGAAGGAAAACCCCGCAAAGUAGUGGGCUGCAGUUGUGUGGUUGUCAAAGACUAUGGCAAGGAAUCUCAGGCCAAAGAUGUAAUUGAAGAAUACUUCAAGUGCAAGAAAUGAAUGAAA